UUCAUCACCCCUCGUCGGCGGAUGGUCUCCGUGGCUUAUCAACCUUGAUUCGUCGCUGCAUCUUCGCCUCCGUCGACCCUCAUUUGGAUCUUGAAAUCUAUCGAACGGGAUCCCCUACUUCUGUUCUGUCUCCGGGACUACGAGCCCGGAUCUAGGGUUAUCUUCUCCUGAAAUCGCAGAUUUUCGUUGAUUCGAGCCGCAAGAGAGGUUGAGGUUGGUUUUUUUUCUGGCGAUUGUAGAUCUGGCAAGUUGAUUCGACUCUGAGUCUUGGUAGCGAUUCUGCCAGUGGAUUGAUUUGGGAUCCCUAGGAUCAAGAUUGGCGGUUAGAAUUUGUACUUCUUUGAGGUGAUUGUUGGGGCUCUAGGGCUACUUGGCGAUGAAUGCGAGGCAUGGGCAAACGUCUUACCGCGAUCGGACGCAGGAGUUCAUCAAGACUAUCGAGAAUCUAAAGAAGUCCUCAUCCACACCAGAUGCACCGAGCAGUAACGCUGUAUCGAGGUUGGAAGUACCGAAAUCGGCUGCCUCGAUCCAGUCGGAGUUCAGUAAGCGAGCUUCGCAAAUUGGUCUCGGGAUCCAUCAGACCUCCCAGAAACUUACCAAUCUUGCGAAGUUGGCAAAAAGGACAUCGGUUUUUGAUGACCCUACUGUUGAGAUUCAGGAACUGACAGCAGUUAUCAAGCAGGAUAUUACUGCCCUGAAUUCUGCAGUUGUAGACCUGCAACAUCUUUGUGAUUCACAGAACAAAGGUGGAAAUAUGUCCAGGGACACUACCAAUCACUCAACCACUGUUGUUGAUAAUUUGAAGAACCGUUUGAUGAGCACAACGAAGGAGUUUAAAGAAGUUUUAACCAUGCGGACUGAGAAUUUGAAGGUUCAUGAGAACAGAAGACAGUUAUUUUCUUCAUCAGCCUCAAAGGAUGCAACCAAUCCUUUCCUUAGACAACGCCCACUGGUUUCCAAGGGAAGUAAUGACUCUUCUGCUCUGGCUCCCCCAGCACCAUGGGAAAAUAGCUCAACAUCUUCUUCUCCUUUGUUUCCCAGGAGGAAGACAAAUGAGGACCCGUCAUCCUCAACUCAGCCUUUGAUACAACAACAGCAGCAACAACAACAAAUAGUUCCAAUACAGGAUAGUUACAUGCAGAGCAGAGCAGAAGCUCUUCAGAAUGUUGAGUCAACAAUUCAUGAGUUGAGCAAUAUUUUCACACAACUAGCUACCAUGGUUUCACAGCAGGGAGAGCUUGCAAUCAGGAUCGAUGAGAACAUGGAUGACACAUUAGCUAACGUGGAGGGAGCACAAGGUGCACUCCUCAGGUACCUCAACAGCAUAUCCAGCAACAGGUGGCUGAUGAUCAAAAUAUUCUUCGUCCUCAUGGUUUUCCUUAUGAUCUUCCUCUUUUUUGUUGCAUAAUUCUACCUACCACACACCUUCAACCGAACCAUCUCCGGUACCCAUGAUCUGCAUUCUUUGUACCUUUUUGUUUCCACAAUUAUUUUUCCCUCUUUACCUCUGGUGAUUGACAGAAUACAUGUUCUUCCAUCUGGGGCUUCUUUUCCCAUUUUCCUAGCAGAUCCAAGGUGCAGGUUAAGUGGGAGUUAGGAAUUGUAGGAUCAAGUGAAAAUACUCUACAAUACAGUGAUUGUAUCUUAUCUGUUCUUAAGUGGCCAUUCACAUCCCCCGCGAAUGAUCAUUCCACCAUUGAUAACUGUGUUCUUAAAUGGUGAAAUAUCUCGUGUUAUGUAACUAUUCCUUUCCCUAAUAGACUUUUGAUACUUAGCCAUCGAUAAUAUAGCAUCUUCCCAU